GCUCUGCGUAUGUGUUUGUGUGAUACCCAACCCUUUAAGUAUUAUCUCUAACCUUGGUCCUAAUAGCUGGCAAUUCUGGGGUUCACAUUAUUGUAUGAAGCCAUUUUCUCCCAUCAAUAAUUUCUUGCAUGUACGCCAUAUCCCACUCUCACUUCCUCCCACCAUUGAUUCAGCAUUUCAGCUGUUCCAUUAUCACCUACCACCACUGUUUGUAAAUGCCAUUCCACAACAUAACACCAUUAAAAUAAACACACACUGACAAGAAACAGAGGAAGACGACGAUGUCACCGACAACCUUUUCCUUUGUCAACACAUUUUUUGACACUUGACACACACACCUCACACCUGGCUCUUCUUUUCUCCCUUCACAACACAUAACAUAAUCUGAAUAUAUCAACAUACACAUUUCACACGAAGCAAUAUCACUUGAUUCCUUUCCUUCUCUCUAUAUCUAACUUCCACCACUUUUAUUUCCUUCCAUUAUUACUAUCAUUGUUCUCUGUUCAUGAAGCAACAUCACUCACAUUUCACACGCACGUGAACACACAGUCACUAGUAACAGAUCAAGCAGAGCAAGGUUGUUGUUUUUUCUUGUUUGCCAUUUUGGUUUAGAAAAAGGGUCUCCAUUGCCUUCUGGGUUUUUCUCUGUUUUGGAAUAAAGGAGCAAUGAGAGCGACCCAGAUUGUGUUGGUUCUGGUUUGCUUCCUCGGCAUUUAUGCUCCCAUGUUGUUUUGUGCAAAUGUGGAGUAUGAUCACAGAGCAUUGGUCAUUGAUGGAAAACGCAGGGUCUUGAUCUCUGGUUCUAUUCACUACCCACGUAGUACUCCAGAGAUGUGGCCAGACCUUAUUCAGAAAUCCAAAGAUGGAGGACUUGAUGUGAUUGAGACCUAUGUUUUCUGGAAUUUACAUGAACCAGUUCGAGGCCAGUAUGAUUUUAAGGGGAGGAAGGAUUUAGUGAAAUUUGUGAAGGUUGUAGCUGAAGCGGGUCUAUAUGUGCAUAUUCGGAUUGGUCCAUACGUGUGUGCUGAAUGGAACUAUGGUGGUUUCCCUCUUUGGCUGCACUUCAUUCCGGGAAUUAAGUUCAGAACUGACAAUGAACCAUUCAAGGCAGAAAUGAAACGAUUCACAGCUAAGAUAGUGGAUAUAAUCAAGCAAGAGAAACUAUAUGCAUCACAGGGAGGACCUGUUAUUUUAUCUCAGAUUGAAAAUGAGUAUGGAAAUAUUGAUUCACAUUAUGGUUCUGCUGGCAAAUCCUACAUCAAGUGGGCAGCAUCAAUGGCUACAUCUCUUGAUACAGGAGUUCCCUGGGUCAUGUGCCAGCAAGCAGAUGCUCCUGAUCCGAUUAUUAACACGUGCAAUGGAUUUUACUGUGAUCAAUUCACACCAAACUCUAACACAAAACCGAAAAUGUGGACUGAGAAUUGGAGUGGAUGGUUUCUAUCAUUUGGUGGUGCUGUUCCUUACAGACCUGUGGAAGAUCUUGCAUUUGCUGUGGCACGCUUUUUCCAGCGCGGUGGAACGUUUCAAAAUUACUACAUGUACCAUGGAGGGACUAACUUUGACCGAAGUACUGGUGGACCUUUCAUUGCCACUAGUUAUGAUUAUGACGCACCAAUUGAUGAGUAUGGAAUUAUUAGACAGCCUAAAUGGGGCCACCUGAAAGAUGUGCACAAGGCCAUAAAGCUCUGUGAAGAAGCGUUAAUUGCCACCGACCCAACCAUUACAUCACUUGGUCCAAACCUAGAGGCUGCAGUUUACAAGACAGGAUCUGUAUGUUCUGCCUUUCUUGCCAAUGUCGGCACCAAAUCUGAUGUAACGGUGAAUUUCAGCGGCAAUUCAUAUCACUUGCCUGCAUGGUCUGUGAGCAUCUUACCUGACUGCAAGAAUGUAGUGCUUAAUACAGCAAAGAUUAAUUCUGCAUCUGCGAUUUCAAGCUUCACAACUGAAUCUUCAAAAGAUAUUGGUUCUUCAGAAGCUUCCGGUUCAGGAUGGAGUUGGAUAAGUGAACCAGUGGGUAUUUCAAAGACUGAUUCAAUCUCAAAAAUUGGAUUGCUGGAGCAAAUAAAUACGACUGCCGAUAAAAGUGACUACUUGUGGUAUUCAUUAAGCAUUGAUCCUAAGGAUGAUGCUGGUGCUCAAACUGUUCUUCACAUCGAAUCACUUGGCCAUGCCCUUCACACUUUCAUCAAUGGGCAGCUUGCAGGGAGUCAAGCAGGCAAUAGUGACAAAGCUAAGAUCACUGUGGACAUCCCCAUCAAACUAGCGGCCGGAAAGAACACAAUUGAUCUCCUAAGUUUGACCGUGGGACUUCAGAACUAUGGAGCUUUUUUUGAGACAUCGGGAGCAGGGAUCACUGGUCCAGUGAUAUUGAAAGGUUUGAAGAAUGGCAAAACUCUUGAUCUCUCCUCUAAGAAGUGGAAUUAUCAGGUUGGCCUCAAAGGUGAAGAAUUAGGCCUUUCUGGUGGAAGUUCUGGACAGUGGAAUUCACAAUCUACCUUCCCUAAGAACCAACCAUUGAUUUGGUACAAGACGAACUUCGCCGCUCCAUCCGGCAGUAAUCCAGUUGCAAUUGACUUCACGGGGAUGGGAAAAGGCGAGGCUUGGGUGAACGGACAGAGCAUUGGGCGGUACUGGCCAACAUAUGCCUCUCCAAAUGCUGGUUGCACAGACUCGUGCAAUUAUAGAGGAUCUUAUAGUUCAUCCAAAUGUCGCAAGAAUUGCGGAAAACCAUCACAGACACUAUACCAUGUACCAAGAUCUUGGUUGAAACCACAUGGAAACACUCUUGUAUUGUUUGAGGAAAGUGGGGGUGAUCCAACUCAAAUCUCUUUUGUCACAAAACAGAUACAAAGUUUGUGUGCACAUGUAUCUGAUUCUCAUCCAUCACCGGUAGACUUGUGGAACUCAGAUACAGAAUCAGGAACAAAAGUAGGGCCUGUAAUGUUGCUCAAGUGCCCUCAUCAUAAUCAGGUCAUCUCUUCCAUCAAGUUUGCGAGCUACGGAACACCGGCCGGGACCUGCGGAAACUUCUACCACGGACGCUGCAGCAGCAAUAAGGCUCUGUCCAUUGUGCAGAAGGCCUGCAUUGGAUCAAGUAGUUGUAGCGUUGGAGUAUCCAUUGACACAUUUGGAGACCCUUGUACAGGGGUCACAAAGAGUUUAGCUGUUGAAGCUACUUGUGCAUAGAGAGACAUGUUACUUCAAAAGCACUAAAAGAGCACUCCAUAGUUGUCAUUAAGUCUUGGUUACGAAGAUGCUUAGGGAUGAGCCAAAGUAGAAUUGUAUUCUAGAUGAAUUUUUUUCAAUUGAAAAAGUUAGUCUCACUUGAAAUUAAUGAAUAAAAGUCUUAGGCUGAUGCGACAUACGUGAUGAAGUUGCAAAUAAGAUUUUUUCUCAAACUUGCAAGACAAGUUGUUCUCAUGUGUUAACUGUGUUUGGAUAUCUGUUGGUAUUGAUGUAAACAAAUAUUAAUUCUCAUUUAGAGACAAAAAAGUGAUCGGAACUCUUUUCAUGAA